GCCGCCUGCCCCGCCCCCGUUGCCCCUGGCGGCUCUUUGUUGACUUCCGGGAGCUGGGGCGCGCGCUCUCCCGCGGAUGCCCGGAGCCGCGCCAUGGGGACCGUGGGGGCCGCCGACGAGGAGGACGGGGCGCAGCCUUAGACCGUGCAGAGCCGCCCCCGACAUGGGGGAGCCCGAGGAGCUGGUGCCCGAUUCAGGUGCUGUUUUCACUUUUGGCAAAAGCAAGUUUGCAGAAAAUAUUCCCAGCAGGUUCUGGUUAAGAAAUGACAUACCUGCAUAUCUGUCAUGUGGAGAUGAACAUACUGCUCUUGUAACAGGAAAUAAUAAACUUUACAUGUUUGGCAGCAACAACUGGGGUCAGUUAGGAUUAGGAUCAAAGACAACAAUCAGCAAGCCAACUUGUGUUAAAGCUUUAAAACCCGAAAAAGUAAAGUAUGCUGCAUGUGGAAGGAACCAUACCUUGAUAUACACAGAAGAAGGGAAGGUAUAUGCAGCUGGAGGUAAUAGUGAAGGGCAGUUGGGACUUGGUGACACUGAAGAAAGAACUACUUUUCACCUAGUCAGCUUUUUUACCUCCCAGUACAAGAUUAAACAGCUCUCUGCUGGAUCCAACACUUCAGCUGCACUAACUGAGGAUGGGGACCUUUUUAUGUGGGGUGACAAUUCUGAAGGGCAAAUUGGUCUAGCAGAUGAAUCUAACGUGUGUGUCCCUUGUCAAGUGGUCGUUGGAAAACCUAUCUCCUGGAUCUCUUGUGGAUAUUACCAUUCAGCCUUUGUAACUACAGAAGGUGAACUCUAUACAUUUGGAGAACCAGAGAAUGGAAAGUUAGGUCUGUCACCUGAGCAACUGAAAAAUCAUAGAAUUCCCCAGUUGGUUCUUGGAAUUCCUGGGAAGGUGAAUCAAGUGGCUUGUGGUGGAGGGCAUACAGUAGCAUUAACAGAGGAAGAAGUAUAUACGUUUGGCCUUGGACAGUUUGGUCAAUUAGGUCUUGGCACUUUUAUAUUUGAAACCUCAGAACCAAAGGCUAUUAAACAUCUUCAGAAUCAGAAAAUACAGUAUAUUGCAUGUGGGGAAAACCAUACAGCUUUAAUAUCAGAUACAGGCCAUAUGUAUACUUUUGGAGAUGGUCGACAUGGAAAAUUAGGACUUGGACAGGAAAAUUUUACUAAUCAAUUUGUACCCACGUUGUGCUCUAAUUUUUUGAAAUUUAUAGUCCGUCUGGUUGCUUGUGGUGGAUGCCACAUGUUAGUUUUUGCUACCCCAAGGCUCAACAAAUCCGAAGAAAUUACGGAAGAAAAAGUAAACGAUAGUGGCUUGACUGUAGUUUCUUCUCUUGGUGAUGAUCCGCCUUCAGGAAAUACCUUGCAGAGAACAUUAUCUGCAAGGUCACGGAGAAGAGAAAGGGAAAAUUCACCAGAACAGCAUGGUCGAAUGAUAAGAACUCUCCCCCCACUGGAAGUUCCUUUUAAACCACCAGUGCAUGCCUCCAGUACAGUCUCUCUCAAGUUCCCAGGAAACAGUUGUCCCGAUGCAAAUACAAGUAAUGAAAAUGACACCCUACAAUUAGCUGAAGAAGAUGAACCAGUUGAAGAGAAAGAAAAAAUUAGUUCUUCAGCAGAAGAGUCAGAACCUGAAGACGAUCAGACAAGUCUUGGAGACACUACUGAUGUUCUAAAUAUGACACAUAUGAUGAGCCUGAAUCCCAGUGAUCAGUCUUUAAGAUUGUCACCAAUUCAAAAACAAAAGAAUCUUGAAACGACCGAGGAACAGAAGAAACUUGAAUCUUAUUCUGAAAGCAAUUCAGAGACCAAAUGUGAAAAAGUUAGUGGAGUUGAAGAGAUGUCAGAAACAAGCAAAGAGAGGCAGACACAGGAUGAGUCUUUGGAGGAGGAGGUGUUUGUGAAGGAAGCAACAGUAGCUAUGUCUCUUUCAGCUGAGCUUAUAAAUAGUGAUCCAGACCAGUUUGUACCAGAAGCAAAUCCUGUUGAAGAAAUUUCAGAGAAAGAGACACUUAAAAGUGAAGAUGAGUUAAUAAAUACUGAUGAGAGCUGUUAUUACAAAGGAGUUGAGGAGGAAAGUGAUGAAGUAAAUAUUCCGAAGAAUUUAGAAACAAUAGAAAUAGCUUCUGACAAUGAAAUAGAGCAAGACACAAGUCAGCAACUCGAAAUAGAAAUUCUGAAGGAUGAAGGAAAGGGAGGAGAGAACUUAGAAAGUAAUGAUAAUGAAUCCUCUGAUGGUCCACAGGAGCAAGACAAAAAGGAAGAACUUCCCCAGACUGAACCUAGUGAGACAAGUGAAGUUAAGAUUAAAGAUGAAGAAAAUGAAGGCUUUGUUGAAGAACUUUCAAAUGAGAAACAAGAUAAAACCUCUGACAAUGAAAAAGAAUCUUUAGAAGAGUCAGAAAGUAACAAGGAGGGUGAAAAUAAUAGUGAACAGGAUGUAGUUGAGAAUUUUAAGCAAUCUCAGUCAAAUGAGGAAUGUUAUGAUGAAGAAAAAGAAGAUAGUGAAAAGUUAGAUGACCAGCUGUGUAACCUAGAAGGUGGUGAACAAGAGAAUGAGGAACAGGCUGAGGAGGAAAAAAUAGAGGUAAAUGCUGAAGAUGAUGGUGGAGAUGGCCAAGUGAUAGAGACGCAGGAAGGAGAAAAGAUGUUGGAGGGAGGGGAGGAAGAGCAGGAAGAGGCAGAGGUAGAGGCAGAAGAGGAAGAGGAACACAAAGAAGCUUUGGUUUCCUUAGCUGAGGAAAAUAUGGCAAUAAAUGAAACAGAAGAGGAAGAAGCAGAGCAAGAGACAGGUGAAGGAGAGGAAAAUGCAGAGGAUCAAGAAGAGUUAAAUGAAGAAAGAGUGACACCAGAAACAGAAGACAGAGUCAUAGAAGAUAAUAAUGAACCUCCAUAUGAAGAGAAUAAAGAAAUGCAAAAGGAGGAAGAGGAUAUCAAACCAGAGAGCCACGACACAGCAGAAAUAGAAGGAACCAGUGAUACCAUGGCUGAAACCACUGAAAAGGAAGAAGAUAAAGUUGAGCAAGGCGAACAAGCCGUUCAGGAGUGCAAUGAAAACCAGAAAGGAAACACGAAUGAACGUAUGCCACACAAUCCAGAUGUCCCGGAAUAUUUUAUAGUAGUACCAAAUAGAUUUCUUAAAAAAUCACGAAUGGUUUCUCUUUUUAAGAGGAAGUCAUUAUCAGGUCAAAAAAAUGUGCAGAGUAUUCUUGAAGCAAAGCCUGUUGCUGAACCACUCGUAGUUGUUGAAGCGAGACCAAUAGGAGACCAAGCAAAUGUUGGGAAAGAGAGAAAAGAUGAAAACCAAAACCAUAUGGAACCUUCACCAGCUAAUCAGGACAGAAAGUCUAAGUCAUGUACAAUUCUAUAAAUACAUAUUUAUUGUUUGUGGUCUCCAAGCACAUGUUGCAAUUUAUACUUGAAAAUAAUUAUGACUUCUGAAAGAAAGUUGCUGAUAAUCAACUUUGUACUGUAAGUUAAUUGUUUUCUUGGGGUUUGGACAUUGUGACCAUGGUAUAAUGGUAUUUAUUUCUACUGAUAAUAUUAGUAUAAGAAGUACAUUCUGAAAAUCUUUACUAAAGUGUUGUGGCCUUAAUUGUUCAGUGUUGUAAUAAAAAUAUAUUUUUUUAUGUGAAAACUGAAUUCAGGCAUAUAAUAAUUUUUACUGAGCAAUUUUCACUUUAC